UCCCAGAGGUGGGAGGGACCACACCUGGGGGCAGGGACGAGUCAGGCACAGGGAACUCCGCCAGCCUCGAGGAUCAAAUUCCUCCAGGGUGAACUCUGAGAUAGAAAGUUGGCCCAGGAAGCUCAAGGAGGGAGCGUGGCCGAGGGGAAGACUGCAGCUCCGCUUGCUCCCACCCGGCCCAGGCCAGGCCAGCAGGAGCCACCCCGCCCCCGGCCGCCACCUGCCCGCCCCGCCGGCCCUUCCUCACCCCCGGUGCCUGCGGGAUUGCUGGAGAGAACGCGGCGAUGGAGCCGGGCAGGACCCAGAUAAAGCUUGACCCCAGGUACACAGCAGACCUUCUGGAGGUGCUGAAGACCAACUACGGCAUCCCCUCCGCCUGCUUCUCUCAGCCUCCCACAGCAGCUCAACUCCUGAGAGCCCUGGGCCCUGUGGAACUUGCCCUCACCAGCAUCAUGACCCUGCUGGCACUGGGCUCCAUUGCCAUCUUCCUGGAGGAUGCCGUCUACCUGUACAAGAACACGCUUUGCCCCAUCAAGAGGCGGACUCUGCUCUGGAAUAGCUCGGCACCCACGGUGGUGUCUGUGCUGUGCUGCUUUGGUCUCUGGAUCCCUCGUUCCCUGGUGCUGGUGGAAAUGACCAUCACCUCGUUUUAUGCCGUGUGCUUUUACCUGCUGAUGCUGGUCAUGGUGGAAGGCUUUGGGGGGAAGGAGGCGGUGCUGAGGACGCUGAGGGACACCCCGAUGAUGGUCCACACAGGCCCCUGCUGCUGCUGCUGCCCCUGCUGUCCGCGGCUGCUGCUCACCAGGAAGAAGCUUCAGCUGCUGAUGUUGGGCCCUUUCCAAUACGCCUUCUUGAAGAUAACGCUGACCCUGGUGGGCCUGUUUCUCAUCCCCGACGGCAUCUAUGACCCAGCAGAUAUUUCUGAGGGGAGCACAGCUCUAUGGAUCAACACUUUCCUCGGCGUGUCCACACUGCUGGCUCUCUGGACCCUGGGCAUCGUUUCCCGUCAAGCCAGGCUACACCUGGGUGAGCAGAACAUGGGAGCCAAGUUUGCUCUGUUCCAGGUUCUCCUCAUCCUGACUGCCCUACAGCCCUCCAUCUUCUCAGUCUUGGCCAACGGCGGGCAGAUUGCUUGUUCGCCUCCCUAUUCCUCUAAAACCAGGUCUCAAGUGAUGAAUUGCCACCUCCUCAUACCGGAGACUUUUCUAAUGACUGUGCUGACACGAAUGUACUACCGAAGGAAAGACCACAAGGUUGGGUAUGAAACGUUCUCUUCUCCAGACCUGGACUUGAACCUCAAAGCCUAAGGUGGAUGGCUUGGACAAUGAAAGGAUGCUGUACUCAUUAGAAUACA